UUUAAAUACCCUCACCUCUCCAGUUAAAAGAAACAGACUUGCUGGAUGGAUUACAAAACAAAACCCAUCUAUUUUCUGCCUAGAAGAAACACAAUUCACCAACAAAGAUGCAACAGGCUGAAAGUGAAAGGAUAGAAAAAGAUAUUCCAUGCCAACAGAAACCAAAAAAUAGCUGGUGUAGCCAUCCUAAUAUCAGACAAAAUAGAUUUUAACGCAGUUAUAAGACAUGAAGAAGGGCAUUAUUUAAGGGAUCAAUUUAACAGGUUGAUGUAACUAUUAUAAACGUAUGUGCGGGCGCGGCGCCAGCUCCCGCCAGCUGGCCGGCCGGGUCGCCUCCCGCCGCAAGACCGGUGCGCCGCGCUCGGGGGCCAUGCAGCGCCUGGCUGUGGACCUGCGGGUGAUCUCCCGGGAGCUCUCCCUCUACCUGGAGCACCAAGUCCGCGUGCCGUUCUUCGGUUCCGGGGUGGGCUUAUCCCUGAUCCUGGGCUUCAGCGUCGCUUAUGCCUGCUACUACCUGAGCAGCAUUGCCAAGAAACCCCAGUUGGUGACUGGGGGCGGGAGUUUCGGCUGCUUCCUGCAGGACCACUGUCCCGUGGUGACCGAAACAUAUUACCCAACAGUCUGGUGCUGGGAGAGCAGAGGACAGACCCUGCUGAGACCUUUCAUCACGUCCAAUCCCCCGGUGCAGUACAGGAACGAACUUACUAAAACUGCAGUUGCAGGGCAGAUUUCGCUGGACUGGUUUGAUAACGAAAACAGUGCAUGUUAUUUGGAUGCCAGCACCAGACCCACUAUUUUACUGUUGCCUGGCCUCACCGGAACAAACAAGGAAUCCUAUAUCCUUCACAUGAUCCGUCUCAGUGAGGAGUUGGGAUACAGAUGUGUGGUUUUUAACAACAGAGGAGUGGCAGGAGAGAGUCUCUUGAUGCCACAGACUUACUGUUGUGCAAACACGGAAGACUUGGAGACGGUUAUCCACCAUGUGCACAGCCUGUACCCUUCUGCGCCUUUCCUGGCAGCAGGAGUUUCCAUGGGAGGAAUGCUGCUUCUAAAUUACCUGGGCAAAAUUGGGACCAAAACUCCUUUGAUGGCAGCUGCAACUUUCUCAGUUGGUUGGAAUACUUUUGCUUGUUCAGAGUCAUUGGAGAAACCACUCAACUGGCUGCUUUUUAAUUACUAUUUGACCACCUGUAUGCAGUCUUCAGUUAAUAAGCACCGACACAUGUUUGUCAAACAAAUUGAUAUGGAUCAUGUCAUGAAGGCUAAAUCCAUCAGAGAGUUUGGUAAAUGAUUCACCUCAGUCAUGUUUGGAUACCGGACAGUUGGUGAUUAUUACACUGAUGCUAGUCCCAACCUCAGACUGAAAUCUGUAGGAAUUCCAGUGUUGUGUCUGAAUUCCGUAGAUGAUGUUUUCUCACCCAGUCAUGCUAUUCCAAUAGGAACUGCUAAGCAAAACCCUAACGUUGCUUUGGUCCUCACGACUUAUGGAGGCCAUAUUGGUUUUCUGGAAGGAAUCUGGCCAAGGCAAUCCACUUACAUGGAUCGAGUCUUCAAGCAAUUUGUGCAGGCCAUGGUAGAGCAUGGACAUGAGCUUUCUACCAUGCAGUUCUUGGGGUGCAUUUUGGCUGAAGAACCAUUGUAAAGGUAUCUCCAAUUAGUGCACAAAUUUUAACUACUGUAAAUAUAGAAAAUAAGCCAGCAUAUGGGUGAAGAGGUCCAGAAUGACAAGCAAAAACUACUAUUUAGGGAAACAAAACACCUUUGUAGCAAGAAACUAAAUAUAGAAUUAGAUUGUUACUUAUGUAGAUUUUAUUUUUACUACACCUUACCAAAUAUGACCUUAAAUAAAGUAGUACAUACAUGAAAUUACACUUAACCCAAACUGUUGUGUAAG